CCGCGCGGCAGCUGCAGGGCUACGUGGCUCGGCCAGCUGCGGCUGCGCUGGCAGGAGGGGCAAGAUGGCCGCGGAGCAGGGCGUGAGGGGCGCCCGGCCCCCUCCCGGCGCGGGGCUGGGCAGAGCGGUGCGGAUCCUCCUGCUCCUGCUAUGCUUUGCGGCCCGCGGAAGCGCGCUCUACUUUCACAUCGGAGAGACGGAGAAGAAAUGCUUCAUUGAGGAAAUCCCAGACGAGACAAUGGUCAUAGGAAACUACCGGACUCAGCUGUAUGACAAGCAGCGGGAGGAGUACCAGCCGGCCACCCCCGGGCUCGGCAUGUUCGUGGAGGUGAAGGACCCAGAGGACAAGGUCAUCCUCGCCCGGCAGUAUGGCUCUGAGGGCAGGUUCACUUUCACCUCCCAUACCCCUGGUGAACACCAGAUCUGUCUUCACUCCAAUUCCACCAAGUUCUCCCUCUUUGCUGGAGGCAUGCUGAGAGUUCAUCUGGACAUCCAGGUGGGUGAACAUGCCAAUGACUAUGCCGAAAUUGCUGCCAAAGACAAGUUGAGUGAAUUGCAGCUACGAGUGCGGCAGCUGGUGGAACAAGUGGAGCAGAUCCAGAAAGAGCAGAACUACCAGCGGUGGCGAGAGGAGCGCUUCCGACAGACCAGUGAGAGCACCAACCAGCGAGUGUUGUGGUGGUCCAUCCUGCAGACCCUCAUCCUCGUGGCCAUCGGUGUCUGGCAGAUGCGGCACCUCAAGAGCUUUUUUGAAGCCAAGAAACUGGUGUAGCCAUCUUAGGCCAGGCUAUCUUCCCAGGCUGGGGGAGAAAGGACCUCCUGGAACUGACUUCUCUGGCAGGAGGACCACUUCCCAAUCACACAUGUUUUGGAGGGAAGGGGGACUGCAGGCACACCCAGGCACAAGCUGAGGGUAGUACCUUGGCUGGCUGAUACUGAGCAGGUGAUGGGACAGAUGUCUUCCCCUUUCCCCUGGCGUGUGGGCCCUUUGCAGUAAUCUUCCAGGGCUGGUGAAGCCACUGGGAGUUCCAUUGGCACCUCAGAAUCACAGUGUUACUGAUCAGGGAUGCUCUCUGGUGGAUAGGGGAGGAGGGUGGGUGGGCAAGCCAGUUUUCCUUCUGUCUUCCUUUACUAACUUGGGAUUUUGAGGAGGUUGGGGUAUGGCUAUGAUUCCCUGCCACCCUGGGAACUUUACUGUUCUCUCUUUUAGCCUUGACCUGCUGAUCCAGGGUCCAGUGAGGGUGGGGUGAGGGAGAGGGGAGUGUGGCUCUGUGCUUGACUCUGGCUUCAACACAUGGGCAUUCAUUCUGGGGCUUGAGGAAUAGGGGUAAGGCCAAGGAGGCUUUGAUGCUGGUUGGGGUUGGGGCCUGCAAAGUCUUAGUUACUGAUUUCAUUUUCAAUAAGUCUAGGUUUGUUACAUUGGUUUCCCAAUAAAAAAUAUUGACUUCUU